AUGUUCGAGUUGUUGUUGGUGUUGCCAACACGACGACACUGCAAGGCGCACGUGGCGUGUGCGUGUGUGGAUGUGUGGAAGCGAUUUCACGAAGAAUUCGUCUUGUCUACCGCCAAACCUGCCCGUCUUGGACGUCAGUGUCUUCACUUCGGAGUGUGGUACGCAACCACGCCGCUGUCCGGCUGUGCUUCUUCACUAUCCACGAAAAGAGAACGGACGGCGUUGAAUCGAGACGAAAUGCGAUUCGCAGCAUUACCAUCCCUGUGGCUUGGUGGCUACGGACAACGCUUGUGGAAAUGUGUUUAA